ACACUUGCGGGGUCCUGGCGCGGUAGCAGUCUGACCCGAUGGCUGUUUAGGAUCCUGAGUGCAGGGCUUUAUCCAAGUAUUGGCCUAAAUCUAGACCGAGCUUAGGUCGCGGAACCAGCCUGAACCCGAAUUGGUGUUGUACAAGACCCCGACGAAGCUUGAUCAGACGAGACAGGGUUUCAACCUUAGCAGACCAGACCAGAACAGGCAAGGCGGGAGCUAGGCCGGCAAUCUCACUCUCAGGACCGGAACAGUGUAAGAGCUUGAGCAAAAAUCAAACUGUUGGAGGAACACGGCCUAUCUGACUAUCGAGAGCAGGCAAGAUGAGUAAAGAAGGUAGAUUUCGAAAGCGAAAGCAUGACAACAUGCAACCUCGUAACCAAACAGAGGAGGGACAAAGUACAGUAACAUCGACACCUGUGCUGUUAUCUUUCGAGUCUUUUCAAAAGGAACUUGAUGCAAAGCAUGAUAAAUAUGAGAGGCUUGUAAAACUCAGUCGGGAUGUUACUAUUGAAAGCAAACGUACUAUUUUUCUUCUGCACAGGGUAAUCAGUGUCAGUGAUGUUGGUGAAUUACUUCAUGAAGCUGAUGUCAAAUUUGGUGACAUUAGAUUAAAGAUCCAACAAAUUGCUCAAGAACUGAUUGGUGAAGAUACUUGCCAAUUUCAUCGAGCAUUUUCUCCAGGUUUACAGGAAUACGUUGAAGCUGUUUCAUUUCAACAUUUCAUUAAGACUAGAACCCUGAUUAGCCUUGAUGAGAUUAAUAACCAAUUAAUCUUCACUCCAAAGACAGACGAAGUAAAAUGUUCUGAGGAUUUGGCAUCAUCCUGUUCACAAGAUGAGAAACAGGAGCAGCAACCUCUCUGUCUGCAAGUGACUCCUACAGACUACCUCUUGGGCAUUGCUGAUUUGACUGGUGAAUUGAUGCGCUUGUGUAUCACCAGUGUAGGAAAUGGUGAUAUUGAAACACCCUUUGAAGUGAGCCAGUUUCUACGUGCUAUCUAUGAUGGGUUUACUUACAUAGGCAAUACUGGACCAUAUGAAGUUUCCAAGAAGCAUUAUACAUUGAAACAAAGUCUUGGAAAAGUGGAAGAUGCCUGUUACAUGUUAACUGUAAGGGGUUCUGAAGUUCCAAAACACGUGCUUGCUGAUGUACUCAGCUCAAAACCAUCCAGGAUUGACCAGGAAGAAGGGGUGUAGUUAUUGAGAUAUUAAGCGAAAAGGUUUUGAUCUGUUGACAUUUCCAAGCAUUGUUUGGCUUAAUAUAAUAUGAAUGUAUAAAAAUGAAUUUGUUUUACACGGCUUGCAAAAUUAUUAUCAUUAAUUGUGGAUGUAUUUCUUCAAAAUGUAUUCGGUUAUGAAAAAUCUAUGCAUGAGAUAAUGGGGACUUUUUUUCUAGAGAUUUCAGCAAAAAAAUUAAUGUGAUGUUUGGAACAGAAUUUUUAGACUGUCAAAAGCUGCUCAUGUUUAAAAUGAGUAGAAGUAUUUCCAGUACAAAAUCUGUAUCCAUUUAUAUUCUUCAUGAAUAACAAUUCAUGUUAUUCUCCAUGAAUAACAAAAUUGUUUGUUUAGAUGGAUUAUUCAUAACCUAAUUUUAUCAAACUGAUAAUGUUUCCCCUCUGCAAUCUAGUUACCUUUUUGAAUGCUUUCGUUUUAAAUGCCACAACCUUUUGGUUUUGAGGCAUGGUGUCUUGUUCAUAGUUUGAAUUCCAGCCUGCUGUUAAAGGUUGAUUUUUGCAUUGUUUGUGUAUCAAAACUAUUUGGUUUAUGUCAAUAGAACAAAAUCUCAUUGUGCUGUUUUUGGAUUAUAUAUCCUAAUUAAAAUUGAAAUAAUGAAUUGGCAUUAUUAUAUGGACCAGAGGACUGAACGAUGUACCCUUGAGAUAAAAUUAAACUCACGCAAUUGAUAUUUUGGGGUUUGACUAUGUGAAGGCUGGAUUGAAUUUGAGUUGUCAAUAUGAAUGCGCAAGUUUAAUUAAGAUUUUUACAGGAAGAUUUUCUUCCACAUUGUGUACUUAUUUACUCAAUAAUAAACUCUGAAAUCCUAAAA